AUGGCGCCCGGCGAACUUUCCGAGAUCAAGACAAUUUACCAACGUCCCGACGAGGAAGAAAAUGUCUCUUGGGUGGAUGAAUGUCCCAAAGAAAUUACUACCGGCCCGGAUAGGAAUGCCAAAUCUACGCAGUUUGCUAUAAUUCUACGGCAGAAGCAGAGCAAAUCUCCUCUCAGGGCGCUUGAAGCCCAUUCCAUUGUGAUUCAGAGUCAAGCACUCAGAGAUGCCCUGAGUGAAUAUGUUUUCAAAGACUACCCUGGUCCGGUGUGGGAGGUCGAUCGAGUGGUUUUUGAAGCCCCAUUCAGACCGUUUGUUAAUCGCUGGGCCAAAUUCCAAAAGUUGAAAAAGCGUCGGAACCUCGACGGCAAAACCAAAGAACAUAUCGCCCUGCUUUAUGACCUCCUUAGUUCGGAGCUAAGCGAUGCCAUCAGUAUGCACCAGGGUUAUACCAUUAGCAGGGUGGUGCCAUGGCAUAAUCUAUGGAUGAUCCUCAUUUCCGGUGAAGUAGUCAUUACGAACAACAACGGUAGCUUCGUUGCAUCCAAGGUGCUGCAAGCCGGAUAUGGGAAAGACAAGGACGGGGAGUUUUUCAGCAUUCAUUACUUCUCCGUGGAUUGGAGUGGUGAUUUCUUCGGUUAUUACGAGCAGGAGCAAAAAAUCCGCCCGUACGAAGAUCAAAGGGGGAUUAAUACGCUUCCAAUAUAUCCUAUUGAUUUCCAUGAAGAUAAAAACCUCAGGAACCUCUUAACACUGCGGGGGAAGAAAUUUGAAAGUUCAGUGGGAUACCACUACAAAUCGUACAAUGGCGCAGCCAUAACUUGGAAUCGAUCCUCCUGUAAUGAGGAAAAAGUCCAUGUUUCUGGGCGUAUCAUUAUCGAUCGCCACGAAUUUGCCCGCUAUUCUCCCUUCAGUUUCCGGCACGUUCGGCGAAGACUUUCUCCCGAGAAAGAUAACAUUCCCAAGACGCUCACUUCCGAUCACCAUAUGCUAUGCAUGGACCGUCUAUACGGAUACUCACCUCAAUUACACACCUGGAUGGACUUUUUUGUGGACAAUAUUCAAGAUAUCGAGUGGCGGACCAACACACUAGAGGGCCUGGUACUUCCAAAGCCCAAGAAAGAUCUCCUUGCUGCCAUAACCCGAGCAAAAAAGUCGGGCGAACACGAGUUCAGUGACUUUAUUGAAGGUAAGGGAGAAGGUAUCAUCAUGUUGCUUUCUGGCCCCCCCGGAACUGGAAAGACGCUCACGGCAGAGGCUAUUGCGGAGGAUAUGCGGGUUCCAUUAAUUGCUAUCACAUUCUCCAAUCUCGGCCACCACGUUUACAUGAUUGAGCGGGAACUGUCGAGAAUAUUUGAACUUGCUGCACACUGGAACUCCAUUCUGUUACUGGAUGAAUGCGAUGUGUUUCUCCAGGCUCGUUCACCAGAUCGAUUGGAACAAAAUAACAUUGUUUCAAUAUUCCUCCGCACGUUAGAAUACUACAAAGGAAUUCUCUUUAUGACGUCAAAUCACACUGCCAAUAUUGAUCCGGCUUUUUCCUCUCGCAUUCAUCUAUCUCUGGAAUAUCCCGAGCUCGAUCAGGACUCCCGACUGCAGGUGUGGAAUACUGUGCUAAAAUCACUCGUCAAGUCCCACGAGUUAUCCCAUGAGGACAUUCUGAGGCUGUCAAAUCUGGAUAUCAACGGGAGGCAGAUCAAAAACAUUGCACGGAUGGCACAGCUCCUGGCGUUAAGCAACAAACAGUCUCUCCGAAUAGAGUCCAUUGACACUAUCCUAUCCAUUGAGAGCCGUCAAAUAGCAUCAAUGCCGACUCGGGGAUCGAGUGGCUCUUUUGAAACUCCACUAUCAGUGGAGGGCCCUACCCGCAAUCCAACGAACAAGGAAACCGACACUCGAGAGUCAACCGAGUCCCGAACAAAACGCAAGGCCACCAGAACUGACGACGUACAACCCUCCAGUCACCGCCGGAGAAGGCUAUGA